AUGGCGCUGGCCGCUCGCCUCGUCUCGCGCUCCCGUCAGCUAUAUUCAGUUCAAGCGGCUUUUGGUAAUGGAGGUGGCACUCAAGUUCGCUCCUUUGCCAAGGAUGCAGCUCCAGCUGACCGUCCUCCUGUCAGUGGGGAUGAUCUCCUGAAGGGCAUAUUCUUUGAGGUAAAGAAGAAGUUUGAGACAGCUCUUGGUGUCCUUAAAAAGGAAAAGAUCACUAUUGACCCAGAUGACCCAGCGGCAGUUUCUCGUUAUGCCCAAGUCAUGAAGACUGUAAGGGAAAAGGCGGAUCUUUUUUCUGAUUCUCAAAGGAUUAAAUAUACCAUUGAGACCUUCACCAAGGGCAUCCCUGAUGCACGGACUUACUUGAAUACUCUUCAACAGAUCAGAAUAAAGAAUGGUCUUAUAGAUCAUCUUGGAAUUGAGCCUUUGAUGAUGGAAGCUCUUGAGAAGAUUGAGGAGGACAUUAAGAAACCACUUUUGAGGAGUGACAAGAAGAACAUGGCCACCCUCUUGGCAGAGUUUGACAAGAUUAACAAAAAGCUUGGCAUUCGGAAGGAGGAUCUUCCCAAGAUCGAGGAAGAGUUUGAAUUGGAAAUUGCCAAAAGUGAGCUGACUGAACUUAAGAAGGAAUGUGUUGAAGCAAUGGAGACUCAACUCAAGAGGGAGGAGUUUCAAGAUGAGGAGAUGCCUGAUGUCAGGAAAUUGGACAUCAGAAACUUCCUUAGAGGCUCCUGUAGAGGCCUGAUCAACGAUAAUCUUUGUGGCAUUGCAAAUCGCCCAGCCCACCCGUGA